ACGUACUUUCUUAUCAGAUUUGAAAAUACGGAAUUGGACCUUCUGUGGUAUAUACAUGAAAACCCUGUGAUUUUGUUUUCAAUUCAUCAAAACGAAGCGACAUCUAAAUAUGGAUGAAAUAAUGUGUGUUGUGAAAACUGUUGCCAUGGUAACAGUUCUUGUUGCAGUAACGUCUGGACUUAUUUGUCAGAAUCCGGAUUGCGAGUAUGUGCAGUGUGACCCGGUAAAUCCGGACAAUUGUACAGGGACCAUGCGGUUAGGUGGCGGAUUGUGCGGUUGUUGUAAAGCGUGUUUCACGUGUGUCGGACUUGGCGAACCAUGUGAGAGUGGGGACAGCCUUCAUGCUAUGUUUUAUCCGCCAACUGUUCUCUGUGAUACAGGACUGUACUGUGACGACAAAAACCUAACGUGUGUCGCAAUUGAAGACACUUAUUUCGGAUGAUUUCUUUGUUGUUGUUUCAUUCACAUAACAGCAGCAACAAAAAUACCCAGAGAAAAUCAAA